GAUACGAUAUUAUCAAAAAAAGUUUGAAGAUAAAGAUUUAGAGCUGGUACAUAGGUGUAUAAUGAUAUAAUUUUGACUUUUAUAUAAAUUAAAAAUGGCGAAAUAUUUUGAUAUAAUUCUGGCUAUAUUUACCAUCUUUGCAGCUAGGCCAGCGUACAGUGACAGCACGACUGGUUGUGACGAUGGUUGGAUACCCUACAAUAAUAACUGUUAUAUGAUAAACACCUUAAAGAGUGUUUCACGGUCCGCUGCUGCCCAGGAGUGUAAUUACCAGGAUUCCUCCUUAGUGCGUAUAACAUCACAAGAUCAACUGACAUGGCUCCUACAGACGUUGGAGAAAUACCCAAGCAGUGGUUAUUGGACAGAUCUCAAUGAUAUACCUAAAGUUACAGCAAACAGGCUUGGUACAGGAGUCUGGAAAUGGGGGAUGUCUGAAUAUGCCAACAUGUCCCUUAUCCAAUGGAACCAAUCCCCUGCAAAUGAUGGUCAGUCUAAAUGCGGUGCUGUCAACAUACAAGGCAAAUUGGCAGAUUUAAAUUGUAAAGCCAAAGAAGGAUAUAUUUGUCAUUAUCAUUCUCCUAAUGGCGGCUGCGUUCUUGGAUGGUUACAAGGUGGCGAUGGAUCUUCCUGUUACUAUGUGGGCAAUACAUCUGACCCGUCAGCUCUGAAGACAUGGGACCAAGCAAAGGCUUUUUGCGAAGGCAUGGGCAAUGGUGCCCAGAACCCUAAAAUGUUUGAUAUUGAUGAUCAAAAUGAUGUGAAUUUUCUUAUUGGAGAACUACCUUACCUGUCGCAGACGACAAAAGUUCACUGGAUUGGUCUUAGUCAAAAUGCUGCUGGUUCCUGGGCAUGGUACACUGGUAAAAGCGUGGAUAAAACCCUUGCGAAAUGGCAGAAGGAGCCGGAUAACGUGGCUGGAAUAGAAAACUGUGGUGUGUUGAGGAUGACUGGAAAAUUCAGCGACAGAGAUUGUUCAUCUAACGCAAACUUCAUCUGCUAUAAACCGCAGUAUUAUUAUUCACCAACUGAUAAUAUUGGAUGUGGUCCCUGGAUUAGAGCAGGGAAAUUCUGUUACGGAUUUAUGGCUGGAAAACACAGGGACACCUGGCAAGGCGGAAGAAGUUAUUGUCAAUCGAUGGGAGGGGACCUUAUGAAAAUUGAUUCAUUUGACAAAAAGACAUGGUUAGAACAGCAAACGAUGGAUCCACAAAAUGAAAGAUUUUUCUGGAUAGGAUUAAAUGACCGUCAGAAUGAAGGAACCUACGUUUGGGCCGAUGGUACCCAAGUAAACCAAACAUAUAUAAAGUGGAACCAAGAGCCGAAUGACAACAAAGGGAAUGAGGACUGCGCACUGAUAUACACAACUGGACAAUACAAUGAUGUAACAUGCGACUAUCAUGUCGCCGCAAUAUGCGAACUUGAUAAUCAAGCUUCGUGCUUUGCUGGCUGGAAGUCAAACGGUGGAAAUUGUUACCUAUUCACUCCAUACAAAAACACAUCAUUACUCCUCAGCCAGAAGGAGGCUGCAGCCUACUGUGCAACAUUUGCCACGAAUGCAACAAAUGUUGGCACUCUGUUGUCAGUGGACAAUCAAGCUGAAAAGGCAUUCAUCCUUUCGCAAGUGAAGUCCAUGUCAGACAACGUUAAAGGCUGGUACACGUCUUUGAAUGACGUACAGACUGAAGGAUUCUGGGCAUUUAGUUCCGGUCCGUUGUUAGACCCGACUCUUGUAGACUGGAACGGCGAACCAAGUACAAUCAAGGGAGACAACUGCGGAAUGCUUAAUUAUGCUGCAACUAUACACGAACGUAACUGUAAUAAAAAACUCUCGUACAUAUGUGAGAGAUACGCUACCGGCUACAGUACAGGUGUCAAUCUCAGAGGAAAUGUAGUUUCAGCUUUUAUUCUUCUACUGUCAUCCAGGAUCUUUUAAUAGUUGAGAAUCAUAUGACCAUGUUGAAACAUACGUUUUCUACUAUUCUGUUCAGUAAGGAAUAUAUGUCUAGUUUACUUGAAAUGUGGCAGCAUCGAUUAAAGUUGAAUCCACUAUUCCGCUAGUAGAUAACAUCAAAUCUUAUAGAUAAUUAUUGCCUUGUUCACAAAUUAUAUAAUCAUAAACUCAAAUCUGACUUUUCAUCACGCUGAAAAUGCAUUCCUUCGGUGAAUAGACCUGCUGUAUGUUGUGAAACCAUUCAGUUAAAACAAUGAAUGAUGUCUUUUCAACGAACCAACCUUAACAAGAUAAGGAUUUACGCUACCUCGUUACACCCACUUCUGUCCAAGUCUUAACAUUGUCAUUCAUGUUUUUGACUAUAUAUGUCAUUGACAUUGUAUAUAAAAAUUGUAUGACAUAUACAUGUAUGUUAUGCAAAGAAAAAUAAACGGGGUUACCCAGCUGGGGCCUCAAAAAAAAAAAAACAAAAAAAAAAAAAACGUUGUCAUUCAUACUUCAAGUUAAUGCGAUUUUAACAUGUUCAGUAUCUACAGCUAUUUCAACGUAUGUAAAAACGGAUGUGCUGAAUUUAAGAGUUAUUACGUCAGCGAAAAUCCGGAGAUAUCGCAGCAGGCCACACAUAUCUAACAAUGGAAGAUUUUCAUUCUUUGUAUUUCCUUUCAUAAAAGUUGCCCCGAAUAAAAGUAAAGAUAAUGACCUGAUAUACAGAUUUCCUUAACUGCAUUUUAUAGCUAUUUUUGUUUCAAACGUCUGUUUUGUAGAAACAUCUUAAAAAUGUUGAAAAAAGUCAUUUUUAGCUAAAAUUUAUUUUUCUAAUAUCAUUAAGACGACGGGCACCUUCAGCUUCUUCCGAAAGAACGUAAAGAAAAUGAAAGUAAACAGACUAAACUCGAAAAUGAAAGUCGCAUUUGCAUUGUACUAUGGUCAAGAGUCAAGCGCUGGGGUCAUCCCCGCUAAAUGUAUGCGCGUAAACUUCAUUUUUGUUUUUACUAAUAGAGAUUCAGUUUUCAGCAGUUUCUAACAAUUUGAAAAUUCAUGAGCUUUAGCACGACAUGUCAGUUUUUCAUCUAUAAAAACAAUAGAACUUGGAAUAAACACAAUAGUUUCAAAAUAGAUUUCUUGAAAUAAGUGUUUAAUUGUACGGCAGCGUGAAAGGGCCAUCAGAAAUAAUGUUUCAUUACGUUACAGGCGCAGAAAGGAUAUCAAAUAUACUUUACAAGCGUUUAAAAGGUGUAUUGUUCUUUUGACACCCCAACAGUAUAUCAUUCAUACAUAACUACAUUCUGUUGUUUUUCAACUUGCUUUCCCGAUUUAUCCUAGAAUGGCUUUAAUGUAUGUCAUUUUUCGUUUGGUAUUAUUCUAAGGAGAACUCACGUUUCUUAUAUAUUGGUAGUAGCCGAUGACGGUUAUUACAGGUGGAUCAGUCCUAAAUCUGGGUCACAGGAAAGGUCAUUCUCCUAUGACACCCUAUGAAGGUCAAUACGUUUCCCGUGGUUUUGUAUGUAAAUUAGGUAAUAGUCCGCGCGCUUAUUUGUGGCGCUAAACGUCAUAGACCUAGUCUGAGUAGGCGCGCUCAACUCUUUCCCCGCGGUUCGAUUUCUAGAAUAAGUCAUAGAUGGCGCGCUUACCCGAAUAUCAAAUUAAGUCAUGUCAGCGCGCAUUUAAAGACUUAAUAAUUUCAAAACCCUAUGCUUAUAUGCAUUAUCAUAUAAUUCUUUUUUCCACAUACAUAUACGCAUAUUUUACAUUAAAUUGAUUUGUAAAUAAAACGAAGUAAGAAUC